UUUUUUUCUUUAAAGACCACAACACUGAAAGACAGCGCGUCGGAGAAGUGCCGUACUGAGAAGCGUGGUGGUGGAGCAGCCUGUCCACGGGCUGUAGGGUGACUGUGUGCUUAAACAUUUUUAAAAGAGACAGAAAAAGAAGAAGGUCACUUCGUUUCGUCGGAUGUACAAGGAGUCGCUCCUGACACCGCGGACUGUGGCUUAACUGUGAAGUUAAAAAAGGAGGGUUUUAAAGUUGUAACAGGAGGAAUAAUAGACGCACCCUGCCGAACAGAGGAUCCGCAUCUUUAUAAUUUCGGGGGGGUUUUGCCUGGGAGAUGCGAUGAUUUCUGCAGUAGCGACAGGUUAAUAGUUUUGUUCGCUUUAAAAAAUAUAUAGAUAGAUAGAUAGAUAUAUUUGGGUUUUUUUGCAGGUGAAACUCGGCUGUGUUUUUCCUUCUUCGAUCUGGGAUGGUUAAAAUGAGCAAGAGUGCGGAUUUACAUGCCUGGGACAAGUUCUGAUUUUUGCUUUAAAAGAAAAAAACAAAAACAACAACUCAGACUGCAAAAACCAAAGACAUCAAUCUGCUUAAAGAUCCAAGAGCUCUGGCUUUGAUUUUAUUUAUACGUUUUUCGAUAUAACUGAGAAGUGAAAUACCUCAUAAUUUAUUAAACCUGGAAAGUCAAGACCCCCUACUGAACACCCAAAGGAAAGUUAAACCGUCUGUUUUUUCCUGCUAGACUCUCGCUCUUUCCUCUCAAUAUUUCAAAGACAGAAAAAUAAGGAAUAAGACCGCGACAAAGCUUUAUUAUUAUUAUUAUUUUCAAAUGAUGAGGAUUGAGAUGACAUAUAAAAAUCGGUUUUAGAAACUAUUUGGUGUGGAUUAUCUCCGCUACUGUUACCUCAGCUUGACCUCGACCUUCAUAAAGUAGCAGAGUGCAGAAGGUUGGAACAAUGCCAGAUUCACCUGCGGAUGUGAAAACCCAGCCCAGGUCCACCCCACCCACCAUGCCUCCUCCACCCCCGGCUGUCAGCCAAUCAACCAAUCGCAAUGCUUCGUUCACCCCUACCACCAGUAAAUCAAAUCUGUCAGAUGCCCCUCAGGCCCCUCCGAAACUACUGACCCAGUUCACGCCGCCUCCUCCUCCUGUCUGUUUAUCUGCAGUGCUGAAUGGGAGCAGCCACUCUCCUACAUCGCUAAACGGUGCUCCAUCCACUCCUAACGGCUUCAGCAACGGGCCGGCCAUGUCCUCGACAGCCUCGUUGUCCAACCAGCAGCUCCCGCCGGCCUGCGGCGCCCGGCAGCUCUGCAAACUGAAGCGCUUCCUGACCACGCUGCAGCAAUUUGGCAACGACAUAUCGCCUGAGAUUGGAGAGAGAGUGCGCAGCCUCGUCCUGGGACUGGUGAAUUCCACUCUCACCAUUGAAGAAUUUCACUCUAAACUUCACGAGGCCACCAACUUCCCUCUGAGGCCGUUCGUCAUUCCUUUCUUAAAGGCAAACCUGCCCUUGCUGCAGAGAGAACUGCUUCACUGUGCCAGGUUGGCCAAGCAGACCCCAGCUCAGUAUCUGGCCCAACACGAGCAGCUACUCCUGGACGCAAACGCCAGCUCACCACUCGACUCCUCCGAGAUAAUGCUGGAGAUGAAUGAGCAUGGCAAGAGAAGGACCCCUGACAGGACCAAAGACAGCUCUGAGAGAGAUGGGUUGCACCCGGAGCACCUGGCUAAGAGGCCCUGCACCAUCAGCCCCAGCCAACGCUUCAGCCCCAGCACGGGUCUUCCUGCUCACCCUCCUCUCAAUGGACUCCCCACACACCCUCCCAAUGGCAUCCCCCACCCACCAAACCCCCAAGUGGGACCCCAGCACUAUCGUUUAGAAGACAUGGCUCUGGCACACCAAUACAGAGAUGCUUACAGGCAUAACGAACACCGCGAAGUCCGUGACAGGCACCGGCAGACAGCAGUCCACGGAGCUCGCCAAGAGGAAGUGAUUGAUCACCGUCUUACAGAUCGAGAGUGGGCAGAGGAAUGGAAGCACCUCGAUAAUCUCCUCAACUGCAUCAUGGACAUGGUAGAGAAGACAAGGCGCUCUUUGACAGUGCUGCGCCGCUGCCAGGAGGCCGACCGGGAGGAGAUGAAUCACUGGAUCCGGCGCUACAGUGACGUGGAGGAGAUGAAAAAAGGUGGGAGCAACGGACAGCACUGCCUUCCUCCUCCUCCUCUUCCUCCUCCUCACCACAACUCCUCCUCCAACACAGCUAGCAGCAGCGAGUCACUGCCCGUAGGAACUUCCUCGGCUGCUGAAAGGCAGACAGGCAGACAGACAGAGAUCCAUCGAGACUUCUUACACAGGCCUCCCUCAGGAUACCUCCCGGAAGAAAUCUGGAGGAAAGCUGGUACUACAAGCAUCCCGCUCUCCCCAGCACUAAAGCACCUCCAAAACAAGCAGGAGGAGGCAGUGAAUGAGGUGAAGCGACAGGCGAUGUCGGAGCUGCAGAAAGCAGUGUCAGACGCUGAGAGGAAGGCUCAUGAGAUGAUUUCUGCCGAGCGCUCCAAAAUGGAGAGGGCACUGGCUGAAGCCAAGAGGCAAGCCUCUGAGGAUGCAUUAACAGUCAUCAACCAGCAGGAAGACUCCAGUGAAUCUCAACAGAGCUGCUGGAAUUGUGGGAGGAAAGCCAGCGAGACGUGCAGCGGCUGCAACACAGCUCGCUACUGUGGCUCCUUCUGCCAACACAAAGACUGGGAGAAGCACCACCACGUCUGUGGUCAAGGCCUUCAGGGGCUGCCAGGGGGCAGCAGUGUCCCUCUAGGAACCCCCUCCUCCAGCUCCUCCGCCUCCUCCAGCGCGCCCCCAACUCACUCCGAGCGCACUCCUCCAGGACCCCUGUCACUCGCAGCCCAGAGCAGUAUUGCGGGAGGGGCCGGCAGCGGCAGCGGAAGUGUUUCUGCCAGCCCCAAAGAGAGCAGUUCCAGCAGUGCCUCUCGCUCCACAACUCCAGCCACCCCCGCACUACUGGAUGCCACCUCUCGCUGACGUCUGAACUUCGUCCCUUCCCUGCAUACUGAAGUGACAGCGCUCACACUCCACACAAAACCAAACUGAGGAAUCUUCAUCGCAAACUGCUCCAGUCCCCUCCUUUACCUCUUAUUUCCAUUAUAUCCCGAUCUGUAACAUCUUCUCUUUAACCUGAUGAUGGACUUGUUUCCUCACCUUCCUCCAGAAUACUUUCUCUUUUACAGCCACAGAUACAAAGAUUGUGGUCUGGGGUUCAAUGUAGUGUAAAGCAUGACGAGUGCAGUGUCUCCUUUCUCUGUUGAAGAAACAUAUCAGAUGUGUUUGCUGAGAACAUGAGCUUUGACUUGAAGAUUUGCCCUCAGUAACGUAAGCAUGGUAAAUAAUGUCCACUAUAAGGGCUGUGAGGAGGCAGCAUCAAUGGGGGAUGACUAGGCCGAUUAGCACCUGGAUAGGAUUUCCCUUUAAUUUAGCACCAAUGAGAUGAGCCCUGAGAUGUGCACUAACAGUCCAAACAGUUCCCAGAUGUGGGACUUUUUCUAGUAUCCUAUUGGAGAAAGGCAAGGAGCAUAAUACCUUUUUUGUUAUUUUUGAGGGAAGGGGUAAAAGUUGGGAUGCGAUUAAUUCCUCAGAAACACAGCUUAGUAUUUAUAAAAGUUCUUUUCUGGCUUUAAGGGAAAACAAAGAGAAGUCCAAAUAUUCUAAAUAAAGAAUAAUAGCGAUGAUGCUGAUGUUGAUUAUGAUAACAGUAAUGAUAUGAAAAAAAUAACUUAAUUUUGAACUGCUAACUACCUUGCUAGCGAGCCAAGAAAAUCUACACCGGACUCACCUCUCUGCACCAUUAUGAACCCAAAUGAUUUCAAAGAUGAAAAAUAACAUGAUCCAAACCUUUGUAUUACACUGCCAAAGUGAGUAAGUAAGCGAUAAAGAGAAGCACUCAUCUUGUAACCAAACACAAAGCAACAUCACCUCCUCAGCAGAUAAGCCAGCCCUGAGACGACCGGGCUGCAGAGGAGCUGCAAAACGGGACCCAGAGACAGCAAACUGUGACCUGCUUUGAUGUGCAGCUGCCUCCUGCAGUCUGGGUAAAAGUACAGCGAUUCCUCAGAGACGGCCCAGACUAGUGAAUAUGGACAAUGCUCUGAACUUACCUACAAGAAAGACUUAAUGAAAUAGAUGGAAACCCUGCAACAGUGUGUUUUUGUUUAAAUGGUAGAGAGGACAAAGAGGAAGGAAAAAAGCUACACAGCCUCAAAGGAGACGAUGGUGUGUACAUGGCAAAGGAGCUGCCGAAACAGAAAAAAAAAACCUCAACACAAGCUUGAAAACAUUGUCCAAGAUGGCAUUACAAACUAUGGAGAUACGUGGAAGGAUUGUUUGUAAGUUUUUGUUGUUUUUUGUUUUGUUUUUAAUUUACGCUCCACAGCGAGGAGAUCUUUGAAGGAAUUACCUUUACAUUCACUCCCUCCUUUUCCAAAGCAUGAUAAACACAAGACAGAGCCUAAAAAAGGGCGGUGUAGACUUUGUUCUCCUUUCUCUUUCUACCUCCCCUCACCCCUCUCCUCCCUUCCAUGUUCUUCCCCAACUACUUGACUCACAUGUGCCCUACCCCUCCGCUGGCUUUGGACAGAGAGCAACAAAGCAAGCCCCACGGGUAGGGCUGAACCCGCUUGUAGAUAUCGUUCCUCUCUUCAUUUUUCAAUAAUGUCUCUUGUUGCUGAUGUCCACACGUGCUGCCCUUGUGUAUAUCCGGAAAGACGGACUUUUGUUUUUGUUUUGCUACCUUUCACUUUCCUCCUUUGAGUUCGGGUUGAGCAGUGAAGACAGAGCAAGGACGCUUUUGUUUAUGAGAGGAAGGCCUGCAUUGUACUUAUUGUUUGAUUUGUUGAAUCUAUAUCAAUGAGAUGGAAACCCCUCUUGUAGAAUAUUUUGUAUUGCUCGCAUUGUAAGACAGUGAGAGGACGGAGGUGCAAUAUGAAGAGAAUUCAGCUACUGAAUGGAACCUCAGCAACUGCCCAUAGGGUGUCAUAUAAUAUAGAUACAUAUAAAUAUAUUUAAAGUAACAUCAGUAACUUAAUGUGAAUGUACAUAGUAUUUAAAGAGGUCCAAAAAUGUGUUUGCCAAAUAACAGAAACCUUUAAAGUUUAAUGUCCAGAUUUUUUUUCACAGUACAUUUGUUUUUAAAAUUGAUCAAAUUUCUUUUCUCUCAUACAAGUUAAACACUUUUUCAAUUUUCACUCAAAUCAAAGUGUCAUGUGACUCCGAGUGGAGGAAACUGUUGGCAACAGUGGCAAAACAGCUCUGCAUCCUGCAGUAGGUGACUCAACAGUGUGUAUUAAUAGAAAGGCUCAGUGGUAACUCAAUUAGUUUGUUUUUUUCUUCUCAUUUACACCAAUUUUUGGAAAUGUCAUACUUGACACAUCACGUCAAGCACUCAGUUUCUUACCAGCCGUUUAGCUCCAGCGCCCCUGUAGUGAUCCUCUCUCUCUUGGUCCCCAUCAGUCUGCGUGCAUGUGGUUAACAGUGUUUGUUUCUCCCAUGGUGCAGGAUUAAGCGAUACGCCAGUGUUAAGCUACAGUACAUGACAAAUCUAAUUUGAUACCCAAUCUUUAAAAUGUUGUUCUUUACUCCUCGCUGCUUAUUGUUCAUUUGUAAAGAAACAAUUUGAGUAUAAGCUGCUGACCUGGGGGUGGGGGUGGGGUUGGGGGCAGGUCUUUAGUUUCAGGCCAAGAGAGUAGCACGACUUCUUUCGCGCUGUUUUUUCUUUUCCAGGCUUUCCCACACGCCUCAGCAAUAAGGUUAACACGAGAAUACUAAACAGUCAAAAAGCCUUGAAAAAAAUGUGUGUGCAUAUUUUAUAUUGAUUAUUGUAUAGCUUACAUGCUUGGCGUCCUUUGCUUGGACCAAAUGGGGAAAAAAGAGUAACUUUGUU